AUGGGGAGCCCAUCUUUCUGGGCUGCCCGAGGCCUGCUGCUCCAGCUGUUACUGCUCUGGGCCUGGGGGCAGGGAACCCAGGAUGGUGAAGAAGUGAUCCGAAUUCAGAAGGUGACCCAUGGUACCAUGCGGGCGGGGCUGGCAGAGCUGGUGGCCCUACCAUGCCUCUUUGUCCUUCAACACCCACGGGAGCCUGGCCCUCCACACGACCCAGCUCGGGUCAAGUGGACCAAGGUUCGGGCUGCCUCAGGCCAGAGGGUGGAACUACCAGUUCUGGUAGCCAAGGACAAUGUGGUAAAGGUGGCACGUGGCUGGCAGGGCCGGGUGACACUGCCCGGAUACCCUCAGGACCGUUCCAAUGCCACCCUGGUGCUAGGGCCCCUGCGGGCCAGUGAUGCUGGCCUCUACCGCUGUGAGGUGGUGACUGGCAUUGAGGAUGAACAGGACCUACUGCCCCUGGAAGUAACUGGCGUUGUAUUCCACUAUCGAGCUUCCUUGGGCCGCUAUACCUUGAACUUCCAGGCAGCUCGGGAAGCCUGCCGCCGCAACUCUGCUGUCAUCGCAGCCCCCCGCCAUCUGCAGGCUGCCUUUGAGGAUGGCUAUGACAACUGUGACGCUGGCUGGCUGUCCGACCAUAGCGUCCGGUAUCCCAUCACAUUGUCUAGGCCUGGUUGUUAUGGAGACCGGAACAGCCUACCAGGGGUCCGCAGCUAUGGCCGACGAGAUCCUCACGAACACUAUGAUGUUUAUUGUUUUGCCCGGGAAUUGAGAGGAGAAGUCUUCUACGUGUCACCACCCAGCCGACUCACAUUGUGGGGAGCCCGGGCUCAGUGCCAGAGCCAGGGAGCAGUUCUGGCUACUGUGGGUCACCUCUACUUGGCCUGGCAGGAGGGCCUUGACCAAUGUGACCCAGGCUGGCUGGCGGAUGGCAGUGUUCGUUAUCCCAUUCAGACACCCAGGCGGCGCUGCGGUGGUGAGGCUCCUGGGGUCCGGACCCUCUACAAUUUCUCCAACCGUACUGGUUUUCCUGAACCCUCAGCCAAGUUUGAUGCCUACUGCUACCGAGCCCAUCACCCCACAUCUCCACCCAGGAACCGAGAUAACCCUGCUACUGAUGGGGAGGGCCUAGAGGCUGUGUCUGCAGAGGAUCUGCCCAUCACAAGCCAAGAGAAUGUCUUGCCCCUGGACUCCCAGGAGCCUCUGGUGUUCAGUGGGGUCCCUGCUGAUGAACACUCCCAGGAUCCCUCCCUGCUUCCCAAUGAGGCUGGGUCUGGAAAGGCAGGAGGGACCCCAGUUCCAUUCCCUGGGAUGCCUUCCUUGGUCACAGCUAGGUCCCCGGGGCCAGAGGUGGCCAGACAAGAGGAUCCAUGGAUGAAUAUGGUAGACAGAACACCUAUGCCAGGAGGUUUCCAAACAGAGACAGUCUUCCCAGCGGGCACAGAGACCCAGAAUUCAGCCAUGGUAGGGACAGAAGGUGCCACCCCAAACCCCAGACUCACAGAGGACCUUAAAGCCAAGGGGACUGUGGCAUCUGCCACUGAAAUGGGCGUGGAGUCUGAUGCCCAACCAGCAAGCAGCACUGCAGCGACUCAAGUGGGCACCACAGCCAGGAGAAGGGGGCUGAAUGGACGGUACUUCCAGCAGCAGCUUCUGGAGCAAGUGACCUCCAGGAUGGGGUGGGGCAUCAGGACAGGCACAAGCUCCACUCCCCCAGGCACCAAGGAGGCCGGGAACCAUGUGGAGUUGCCCCUAAUCACAGCCACUAGGCCCAUGCUGGGCCCCCAGAGCACUCUGUCCAAUGAGGUGGACAGACCCCACUCUAGCUCUUCAGGAAUCCAGAGUGAGGGAAGCCCACUGAGUCCCAACUCUGUGUCAUCACCAGCCCCUGAGAAAAAAGAAGAUGCCUAUCCUGGGAGUCAGGAUGGCUCCCAGGACCCUGGACAGGGAAGCUCAGGCCCCAACAAAGAUCCCCACCUGAGCAUGGAGCCAGGAGACCCUGAGGACUCUUCAGGGGAGACCCAUGGUGGUAGGGACAUGCCUGUCCUGGCCAUGCUUCGGGCCCCCAAGCCACCCUUAAUGUCUCUGCCCACACCAACCCUGGACACUUAUCUCCCUGUCAGUGUCAGAGAUGACAUGGGUCUGUCUCUGUAUGGUGGAACCACAGCUGCCCCAGAAGUCCCCAACAGUCCUUUUUCCCCCUACACUGACUGUCCAAUUGAAAGGAGAGACAUCUCAGGAGAGACUGAGAUUAAACCAGAGAUAAAUGGGACUGAGAUACCUGCACCAUCCACAUUCCCUAGCCCCAGGCCUCAGGAAAAAGGAGGUUUAGAGGCUGAUUCCUGGUCCCUGACUCUAGGGUGGGACAGUCAGCAGCUUGAGCAAGGCCAGGAAGUUAGCCCAACUGAAUAUACUGGACCCCGUGAGACCUUGGGGCUAGGGACCACCUCACCAAAUGGAGAAGACACCCCCUCCCCAAGUCUAGGAUCUGGUCUGUUGUUGCAUCAGGACCCAACUGCCGAACUUGAGACGUGGGAGGAGUCUAAAGGAAUGGAGACGUUUGGUUUCUAUACAUCCAUUCCUUCUCCUGCUCUAGUCCUAGGAAGCCAGGGCCUACAGCCCAGGCCUGACCCUGAAGAAUGGGCCAGCACCAGUGAGCCUAAGUCUCAAGAGAAGUCUAAGCUAACAACCUCCUCACCCCAGCCAGCUUCUGAAGCUGGCCAGUCCCUUGAGCUGCCCUACACUGCCAUGGAUCCAGCCAGCCCAGACUCCCCCCAGGAAGGCAGCCCCUUGGGAAAGGUAGUCUUUGUGCCCUGGACUCCAGGAGCCUCAACCCUGGCCAAGAAAGAUUGGGCCACCCCUGCCACUCCAGAGCUGGAGGGAGAUGACACCUCUGGAGAGGGGCAAAAGGGGGCUUUGUGGGAGGCCUCCCACACCCGGGUUCCCUUCCUGCCUGGCCUACUGGAAGACAGAGAGCCAACCAGAGAUACUACCCUUCACAUACAAAGGCACAGCCUUCAGGUCCUAGAGAUUCCUGACUCCCAGGAGGCUGGACCAAGCACUGCUUUGGAUGCAGGGACUCAGCCUCUUGGCGACGCUGGGAGUGGAGAAGAGUUAUCGAUGAUGGGAGAAUUGGAAAGUGGAUCAUGGGCUGGGGAGAACAACCAGAGCACUGAAGAAGCUCCAGCUAACCCCUGUGAAAACAACCCCUGUCUUCACGGUGGCACAUGCCAUGCCAAUCAUACCAGCUUUGGCUGCAGCUGUGACCAAGGCUUCACGGGGGAGAACUGUGAGAUCGAUAUUGAUGACUGCCUGUCAAGCCCUUGUCUAAACGGGGGCACUUGCAUUGAUGAAGUCAACUCUUUUAUCUGCCUGUGUCUGCCCAGCUACGGCGGGAGUCUCUGUGACAAAGACACAGAAGGCUGCGACCACAACUGGCACAAAUUCCAGGGACACUGCUAUCGAUACUUUGCCCACCGCCGGGCCUGGGAGGACGCAGAGAGAGACUGCCGCCGCCGAGCUGGCCACCUCACCAGCAUCCACUCCCCCGAAGAACACGGCUUUAUCAAUAGCUUUGGCCAUGAGAAUACCUGGAUCGGGCUGAAUGACCGCAUUGUGGAGCGGGACUUCCAGUGGACAGACAACACAGGCCUGCAAUAUGAAAACUGGCGAGAGAAGCAGCCGGAUAACUUCUUUGCAGGUGGGGAGGACUGUGUGGUGAUGGUGGCCCAUGAGAGUGGCCGCUGGAAUGAUGUCCCCUGCAACUACAACCUUCCCUACGUCUGUAAGAAAGGCACAGUGCUAUGCGGCCCCCCUCCAGCGGUGGAAAACGCCUCGCCAGUGGGCCCUCGGAAGGCCAAGUACAGUAUCCACUCGAGUGUGCGCUACCAGUGUGACAAGGGCUUCACGCAACACCACGUGGCCACCAUCAAGUGUCACAGCAAUGGAAAGUGGGACCGGCCCAAAAUUGUCUGCACCAAACCUCGUAGGUCACACCGCCUACGGCGUCAUCACCACCACCACCAGCAGCAUCACCACCAGCAUCAUCACCACAAAUCCCACAAGGAGCGGAGAAAACACAAGAAGCACUCCAAGAUGGACUGGGAGACAGAAGAGGAAGACAACUUCUGCUGA